ACGCCGAGCCAGAAACCCCAACACUCACCUCUCCACAUGACAUGGACACCCUGGUAGACACACUGAAAAGCAUGGCACCUCCUGUUCGACACCGGUCCCUACGCAGCACCUCCAGUUUGCCUUUCUCGUCUCUUCCACCGAUUGUUGAAGAUGCCACUACCCCUGCUGCUCCUGGGAUUGAGGUUUCCGGUAUUUCCAGCCCGACCUCUCCUCCACCUGCCGAACCUUUCAACAGCCUGCCGCCGGACCUGGGGUUGAACUGGAGCACCUCCAAAGAAAUGCGUUCUCCUCUGGCAAUGAUGAGCAUGCUAAAGGAGCAGCAGGGUCAGGAUGCACAGGGACGCUCUCUUAUCUUACCGUCGAGAGCUUCAGCUCUCAGUAGCAUCGUCAUGCGCAAGAACUCACUUCCCAACCUCAACCUGGAAGAGGGAUCUCAAGUAAACGGUUUUAUCAGAACCUCACGUCUGGACCACAGCCUGCUAUUUUCCAAUUACCGUUCCGAACAGAAGGAAGAGAACGGCAAGCCAUCAGGUCACCGGUCUCUCUUCCGAGCAGCCUCGUUGCCUGAGGUUAACUCCGGACAUGACUACCAAAGCAUGUUUUCCAAGGGAACGGACACACUGGGGUCUGCAGGGUCCAGUUAUGAGCUGUCCUUCCUCACGUCGUCCCCAAGCUCUCUUCCAGGGUUGACCGAGACAUCUCAUUUCAGCAGGAACCCUUUGGUCAUCCACAGCCCCACUCCUGAGAGUCCUACCUCCAACAACACACCUCCUGUGUUGCACAGCCUUUCAUCAGAACCACCGGUGAAACCCCCAAGCCUGCAGCGGAGCCUUAGCAUUGGCACAUCUUCCCAUGAAUUGCCUGUCCAUAAUGGUGUCAGAAACAAUUUCGGUGUCAUCCAGGAGCCUGGACCAGACAGGAACCUACUGGCCAAGUACAAAGCAUUCCCAGAUGCCUAUCUCACAAAAGAGAAAGAACAUGGCAAACUGAACCCUCGACCUGGGAAGAUGUUCAUAUACAACCGGCCAGGACUGUGUGGACAGAGGAUCGAGGUGAAUGGAGACGUGAUGAACGCUACAGAGUGGGAGUUUCCAGAAACCAUCUCCAUUAGAGUGGUCCGAGGAGGCUGGGUUUUAUACGAGAAGCCAGAAUUUAAAGGAGAGAAGUUUGCGCUGGACGAAGGAGACAUCGAGCUGACCAAUCCAUUCAGACCGCCAGACGACGAGCCGAGAGCCGAGCAGAAUGGAGAACAGGAGAAUGGAGAACAGGAGAAUGGAGAACCCAGACAUGUAGAACCAAGACGCUUCGUCAUCGGGUCACUGCGCAGAGCAGUCCGGGACUACAGCGUUCCUGAGAUCUGUCUCUUCCCCGAGGAGAAUGCUGAGGGAAAGAAGGUGGUGUUCAGGGAUACGUCAGACGACGCCCGGAUCUACGGCUUCCCCAUUAAAGCCAACUCCAUCAUCAUCAACGCUGGGCUGUGGCUGGUGUUCGCCGAGCCCUAUUUUCAGGGCGUCCCGCGAGUCCUGGAGGUCGGAGGCUUUCCAAAUCCAGCUUCCUGGGGCGUCACGCAUCCCUACGUAGGCUCCCUACAUCCUCUCAAAAUCGGAGAACCGAGAGUGGAGAGACCCAACGAGCCUAAACUGGUGAUCUAUGAUAAACCGUAUUUCACCGGGAAAAGCCGAGAGAUUUACACCAACAUGAGAGACUUCAUAACCAAAACAGACCAACAGCAGAUGGCAUUUAUGUACAGUGUUGGGUCCAUGAAAGUCAUCGGUGGCAUAUGGGUGGGUUAUGAGAAGGAGGGUUUUCGUGGACAUCAGUACCUGCUAGAGGAGGGCGAAUAUCACGAUUGGCGAGCGUGGGGGGGCUGCAACUCCGAACUGCGCUCUGUCCGGGUUAUCCGAACUGACCUGAGCAACCCCAUGGUGGUGAUGGUUGAGAUGUCGAGUGAGGAGGUGGAGGAAGAGCACACGUUUGAGGUGACUGAGGCCAUUCCCGAUGUGGAGCUGUUUGAUUUCCAAACGUCUACGCGCUCCAUCCACGUAAUCAAUGGAGUGUGGGUGGCGUACUCUCAUGUGGAUUACUCAGGAAACCAGUAUGUCCUGGAGAAAGGUUUCUACAACUGCUGUGCCGACUGGGGCUCGGGAGAUAACCGGAUCUGUUCCAUCCAGCCCAUCCUGCCCGCCCUGGCUGAUUCUCAGGCUUUCCGCAGCGAGCUGCUGUUGUACACAGAGCAAAAUUUCCAGGGGACGUGUCAGGUUCACCAUGAGAGUGAGGAGUUUCUGCCUGAGAGACGAACAGUGCAGUCCUGCAGGGUGGUGGGAGGAAGCUGGGUUCUGUAUGAUGUGAACAGCUUCUCGGGGAACCAGUACAUUCUGUCAGAAGGAGAUUACGCUAAUCUCACUAGCAUGGGCUGCUCGGAUAACUGUGUCCUGAGAUCUGUUAAACCCGUACCGAUCUUGUUCACGGUGCCAGCCAUCUCUCUGUUCGGUUUGGAGUGUUUCGAGGGACGUGAGGUCUCCGUGGAAACUGAGGUGUCUAGUAUGAUGGAAGAAGGGUUUAAUCCUCACUUCCUGUCUGUGAGGGUCAACAGCGGCUGCUGGGUGCUGUGUGAACACAGUAACUACAGGGGGCGCCAGUUCCUCCUCGAACCCAUGGAGAUCACAAACUGGCCCAAAUUCAGCUCGCUCACAUCUGUGGGUUCCUUGUACCCGAUCCGAGAGAAGAGGCGAGUCUUCCGGAUCCGUUAUAAGGAGAACGGACUCUACAUGUCGGUGCAAGGCGGAGUGGACACUAUGAAGACGGCACGUGUGGUGGUGUCCGAGAAUGUGGAGGGUCUGAGCGACGUGUGGUUCUAUCAGGACGGCCUCAUCAAGAACAAGUUGGCGCAGGCAAUGAGUCUGCAGGUAGUGGGCAAUGUGGAACCAGGAGCGAAGGUGCUUAUGUGGUCAGAAACCCGAACUCCUGUUCAGACCUGGAGCGCCAAACUGAGCGGCUCCAUCGCCAGCCUCACCUUCCCCGGCCUGCUGCUGGAUGUCAAGGGUGGUAAAACGUACGAUAAGGAUCAUGUGAUUGUUCGGAACGACACUGAGGACGCCCCCACUCCGCUAUGGGACAUAGAAUUCAUCUAAGCCCCACCCCCUUUUCGGUCAUGUUAACCUUUAUUUAAUAUUUAUUCUGUCAGCUAACUCACCACAUUCAGUGCAUGAAGGGGCAGGUUUAAAUCAUCAUGUCCUUCAUUUUUUUACACCAUCAGCUUGAAAAAUACUGUGAUCCACAUGGUGGAGCCCAAGAGUUAACAAAGAAACAAAAAAAAUUCUCCAAUUAACACCA